AGAGAGAGAGAGAGAGCAGACAGAAGCAAAUGCUCAGUUUUCAUCCAUGUUAGCAGCUCUAAAGAGAGAGAAAAAUACGAAGGCUCAAAUUCGUGUAGACUGCGACUGUGAUAUCUUCCCUGUUUUGUCACAGCUGUUUGUUGUCACUGCACAGAGGUUUUAUUAUUGCUUGUAGGUGAUGGCUGAGAUGGAGCUCCUCUCUACACCCCAUAAUAUUCAAAUCAGCGAGGUGUCCUGUGACUCGUUCCGGAUAGCCUGGGAAAUGGCCCACGAAGACAUCGCCCGAGUGACGCAUUAUUUCAUCGAUUUGAGUCGCAAAGAGGGCAGUGAACAGAAUCGCUUUAAGCACAGAGAUGUCCCAACUAAACUUGUGGCAAAGGCAGUGCCGUUACCGAUGGCGGUGAGAGGUCACUGGUUCCUGAGUCCUCGUACUGAGUACUGUGUCGCUGUGCAGACUGCCAUCAGACAGCCUGAUGGAGACUAUCAAGUGUCUGAAUGGAGUCAAAUAGUAGAGUUCUGCACUGGAGAUUAUGCCAUUGAACAUCUGCAGCAGCUCUUAGACAAAGCCCAGGCGAUUGCUGGGAGACCUCUCAGGUUCUCUGUGUUCUAUCGAAAUCAGCAUCCUGAAUACUUUCAUUACGUGAGGUCUGAAUGUGGAGGCGCAAUGCUGCCAUCCUUAAAAGACAACAGCGGAAGUCACGGCUCUCCCAUCAACGGCAAGCUGCGUGGCGUCUUCCUCAGCUGCAACACUGAAUUUGACACAGGCCUUCCUCCCAAAGACUCCCCAUACGGCCCUUUGCGCUUUCAGAUUUCUGCUGAUCGCCUCCUUAACCCAAAUACUAACCUUUACUUUGCUGACUUGUACUGCAUGUACACAGCGUAUCAUUAUGUAGUGCUGGUGCUGGCCCCAGUCGGAUCGGAGGGGGACAGCUUUUGCAAGAGUCACCUCCCGCUACUGGACCUCACAUCCAAUCCCUUCUUGACAUACACACCCGGAGAAGAGUCGGUGUUUUGUCAUGCCAGUGAUGUCAUACUGGAGGUGUUGUUCACCGGGCCCUUGCGUUUAGAGCAUGGCAGUUUGGAUCAGAUCAGAGGUCACCAUCAGCUCAUGAGCCUCUCCACUGCUAAUGCUAAAAAAGACCCCAGCUGUAAGGUUUGCAAUAUCAGUGUGGGUCGUUGAACUUCCAAUGAAAGCUUUGAAGAAUUUACUGAAAGUCAAACUGGAUAACUGGAUCAUCCCUCGUAAUGGGAACCUCGCUGGUGAGCGUCUGAACACUGCUAAAGUAUGAGUUAAAAUACAUAAUAAAGGAAAUUAGCGUGGAAAUUUUGUUUGAAAAUGUGCCAUAGGCUCUGCAUAAAAAGAGAUAAAUCAUUUAGAGUGUGUAAUAUUUUUUAUUUCUUAGAUUGAAUCAGUUCAUGGUAACCAUGAUAUUUUUUAAAGAAGCCAUAAGCCAAUAAUUCCAAAAAUAAAACAUUCCAGCAUUAUUUACUCAUCUUUGUGUUAUUAAUGUAUUAAUGGAUAUUUUGCAGAUUAUAAAGAUCCAUAAACAAAAAGUAAAAUAAAAGUCAUAAUUAUGACACUUGUGU